AUGGGUUUUGGUGAAGCAAAAGAUUGUGGAUUAUUAUUUAGGAUACUAAAACAGCGUGAGAGGGUACUGCGGCCGUUGUCGGUCCAAGGCGUGAUGGAGCACGCUCUACAACACCGAGAGCGCGUGGGCGUACAAGACUUCGUCCUGUUAGAAGAUUACCGCUCGGAGGCUGCCUUUAUCGAUAAUCUAAGGAAACGUUUCAGCGAAAACAUUAUUUAUACGUACAUCGGCAAUGUACUGAUUUCCGUAAAUCCUUAUAAGAACUUACCAAUUUAUACUGAAGAUAAAACAAAGCUGUACUUCAAAAAAGCUUUUUUCGAAGCUCCACCUCAUGUUUUCGCCAUCGCAGACAACGCUUACAGGUCACUUGUAUAUGAACAUAGGGAACAAUGUAUACUGAUUUCUGGUGAAUCUGGUUCGGGAAAAACCGAAGCUUCUAAAAAAGUACUCGAAUACAUAGCAGCGCGCACCAACCACUUACACAAUGUUGAGAGCGUUAAAGACAAACUUUUGCAAAGCAAUCCCUUAUUGGAGGCGUUUGGUAAUGCGAAAACUCAUAGAAACGAUAAUUCUAGCCGAUUUGGAAAAUAUAUGGACAUUCAGUUUAAUUACGAGGGUGCACCAGAAGGAGGUCAUAUUUGGAACUAUUUACUAGAGAAGUCCAGGGUCGUCAGUCAGAUGUCAGGAGAGAGGAACUUCCACAUCUUCUAUCAACUGCUGGCUGGAGGAGAUCAGGAGUUGUUGAAUCAACUCAAACUCCAAGGAAGACCAGAAGUUUACAAAUACACGAUUAACUCGGAGUCACAAGUGAGCCAAAAAUUAAGCGAUGCUGAACAAUUCCGCACUGUGCAAGAAGCGAUGAAGAUUAUAGAAAUCGGUAGCGAUGAACAAAAAGCAAUAUUUGACAUUGUGGCCAGUAUCCUACACCUUGGAAACGUGAAAUUCGUCCAAAAUGACAAAGGGUAUGCUGAAAUUCUCAACCACGAUGCUAAUAGUCAAAAUGUUGCAGAGCUUCUCAAAGUAAACACGUCGAAACUUCGAGAAGCACUCAUAAGUAGAACAAUUGAGGCCCGAGGCGAUGUAGUCACUACUCCUUUAGACCUUGACCAGGCCAAGUAUGCCCGAGACGCUCUUGCUAAAGCGAUAUACGACAAGCACUUCAGCUGGCUUGUUUCUAGACUCAAUUCCUCCCUGGCGCCAAAAGAAAAAGACCCAAGGUCUUCUGUUAUUGGUAUUCUGGAUAUUUACGGAUUUGAGAUCUUCCCGAAGAAUAGCUUCGAACAAUUCUGCAUAAACUUCUGCAACGAAAAACUCCAGCAAUUAUUCAUCCAACUGACGUUAAAAUCGGAACAAGAAGAGUAUUUGAGAGAAGGCAUUGAAUGGGAACCUGUUGAAUACUUCAACAACAUUGUUAUUUGCGAUCUAAUUGAACAAAGGCAUAGAGGUAUCAUCUCAAUCCUCGAUGAUGAAUGCCUUCGCCCCGGAGACGCGAAUGACUACAGCUUCUUGGAGAAACUAUCGCAACGUUUGGACGGACACGCGCAUUAUAAGUCUCACCAGAAAGUCGAUUCCAGGACACAGAAAUUGAUGGGGCGAGAUGAGUUCUGCCUCGUCCACUACGCGGGCGAAGUGACGUACAACGUGAACACGUUCAUAGAGAAGAACAACGACCUGCUGUUCCGCGAUCUGCAAAGCCUCAUGGCUACUUCCGGCAACAACAUUGUUGGAUCGUGCUUUAAAGACUACAACUUAGCGAGCAAGAAGCGUCCAGAAACCGCCAUUACACAGUUCAAGAACUCUCUAAACGAAUUGAUCAAGAUUUUGAGCAGUAAAGAACCUUCGUACAUUCGUUGCAUCAAACCCAAUGACUUUAAGAUGCCAAUGCAAUUCGACGACAAGCUGGUGUCCCACCAAGUGAAGUACCUCGGUCUCAUGGAGAACCUGCGCGUGCGCCGCGCCGGCUUCGCUUAUAGGAGAACUUAUGAAGCUUUCUUGGAAAGGUACAAAUGCCUUAGCCAAGACACGUGGCCCAACUACCGCGGGGCGGCGCGCGACGGCGUACAGAAACUGGUCGAAGCCAUGCAUUACGAGCGCGAGGAAUACAGGAUGGGCAAUACAAAAAUCUUUAUACGCUUCCCGAAAACCCUCUUCGACACUGAAGACUCGUUUCAAUUAAAGAAGAACGACAUAGCGACCAUCAUACAGAGCCGUUGGCGCGGCUACUACCAGCGCCAGCAGUACCUGCGCAUGCGCGCCGCCGCCGUCGUCGUGCAGAAGUGGGUGCGGCGCUUCCUCGCCCAGCGGCUGAGGGAGAGGCGGCGGAAAGCUGCUGAUGUUAUUAGAGCUUUUAUUAAAGGUUUCAUAACACGCAACGGCCCAGCCACGCCAGAGAACCGUCGAUUCCUCGGUAUAGCCAAGGUGCACUGGCUGAAGCGCCUCUCGAAGAGCCUUCCCUCCCACCUCCUGGACCUCUCCUGGCCUAUCUGCCCAGCCACAUGCCAGGAGGCCUCUAAAUACCUCCAACAUUUGCAUAGAUUGCACCUAUCGAGGAAGUACCGGUUGGCUCUCUCGCCUGAAGAUAAGAAGCAGUUCGAGUUGAAGGUGCUGGCUGAGAAGAUAUUUAAAGGCAAAAAGAACAGCUAUCCAGGCAGUGUGCGCGAGCGCUUCCAGUGGGACCGGCUUAAUGAAGAACAACGUGUCCUGCGCAACACCUUUAUGGCGUCGCCCGCCUGGCCCGCCGGCGAAAAACUCAUUUAUUCCUGUGAAGCUGUAAAAUAUGACCGUCGCGGAUACAAGCCUCGCCCCCGAGCUCUGCUCGCGUCCGACCACGCUUUGUACGUACUUGACGCGGCCGCAAGAAAGACUUUUAAGUUGAAGCAUAGGUUACCCCUCGACAAGUUGCGUGUUGUCGUCACGCACGAGACUGAUGAUCUCGUCCUGGUGAAGAUUCCUCAAGAUUUAAAGAAGGAUAAGGGAGACCUGAUAAUAUCAGUGUCGCACGUGAUCGAGGCACUAACCAUCGUCACCGACUACACGAAGAAGCCGGAGAUCAUCGAGAUCGUCGACACCAGGACCAUCGCACACAACCUGGUGAACGGCAAGCAAGGCGGCACCAUCGAAGUGACCACCGGCCCGCAGCCCACCAUACACCGCGCCAAGAGCGGCAACCUGCUCGUUGUGGCAACUCCA